AUGAGGACCACAUCGUUUUCCCUCGAGGUCCUUAUCCUUUUGUUUCUGACGCUGAUCCCGUGGCCGGGGCCGUCGGUGUUCAAGAUCACUUGCUCACGUGACAACUCCAAAAUCGUCAGAAAAGUAAUACAAAACAAAUGGCUCCCCGUUUUAGAGCGAUUUCAGGUAAAGCUUCCACUAGAGUGUCCAUUCCAUCCGGCGCGCGAUAUAUUUUCACCGCAACACGCAGCCAAGCUGCAGCACCGGCCCUCACAGUGGACGUGUGCCUUCUGCGGCAAGUCGUUUUACGAGGAGCGACACCUAGACACUCACUUCGACCAGCGACACAAGAACCAGAUUAACAAAGCAGAGGAUGCAGUAUGUCUCGCCGACUACUGUGACAUCAUGCGGUGUCAGGUGUUAGUGACGCACGGUCUGCUCAGCGGCGGAGUCGGACCCGGCACCGAUAUUGAGGUUUGGCAAGAUGUAGAGGCAGCCCGCAAGGCGUUGGCACCAGCGGCUACUCGGAGUGUGGCGCGUGUGCCCCAGCGCAGACGGCAACGCGCGCGCAGCCAGCCCCAACAUUCCACGCCGCUGAGGGAUUGCCCCACUACAGACAACCAACCUGACGAACCUGAAGUCGAAGAGAAAGGGACCGAAGAUAGCGAAAGUGACGCUAAUCAAACAGCAGAGCUGUGUGAUGCUGACACAGUAGAGUCAUCUCUCCCCCCGGACAGUCGUCAGAAACGUUUAGCGGAUCUACAAGCAGAGAGGGCCGCCUGCGACCCCACCAGGCUUCAGGUUCUGAAGGUCAAAUGCGAGAGGGUCGUACACUCUUGUAUUGCAACACUACUUCUACACCUAACUCAGCAUCAGUUCACAGAGCUUGAGGAGGAGAUGCAGCGUGCGGUAUGUUGGUAUCUAAGCUGUGACCGGUACUGGGAGGAGACAGCGCCGAGUGCGCGCGCCUUCCCCUGGCCAUUGUUACUGGCGCUAGCUACAGGACUGGCAUUAGCAUUAUGCAUGUGCUAUUACAUUAUAUGGAUAGUGUUCGACUCGGAGGAGGGUAGCGUGGCGGGCAGCGCGUCCGUAUCUAUGACUACACACUCGUCACCGACGCGCGGCGAGCGACUGCCGGGCGACGACGGACUCGACGACCCCGACCAAGACGACCACUACAUUUAUGUCACGUACCCGCCCGAACUAAAGCGGCGACUGCUAGAGAGGUACGACAACAUCACGCUCAUUGUACUAACACCUUUCAUACGACAAACUCGCGUCGAUUAG